AUGGGAGUCAUACUGAAGGUUUCCUGCCCCCGUGUGAAGCCAGAGCCGCUCACCGUCCCCUCCUCCCCCGACUACCGCAUCUGCCGGAGGGGACUUUGCCACAAGAGGAGUGAGUUACCGGGACCCGUGAGCAAGACGUUUCUGGACGGUGUGGAGCUUCCUAUGUCCUUGUCUGUCACAAUGUCCCACCGCAGAGUCCUGUUUCUGUCCCCAGAAAUGCAUAGCAGAGCUGACUGCCAGAUGCCCUGGGUCCCUCCUUGGUGGCUCAGGGUACUCCAGCACCUCGUGUGGGCCUUCCGGGGUGAGCUUCCUGCUGGGGCUGAGCCGGGGAGCCGCCGGGUCCCGGAGACUGUGGGAAGAGCCGUGAGUGUGCGCGGGGGCGGGGCGGGGAUCAGGCCACGGGUGGGGGCCAGGACUGUGGGAAUGGCCCACAGCCUUUCUGGAAUCGAAACACUAGCAAAUGUCAAAACGUGCGUAAUUUGUUUUACAGAAACAGGCUGCUUAUUUGUGUCUGGAAGGCCUGUGUCAAGGAUGCGUCUCGGCCCUUCUCAGAGGAUCGCGUCAACGGAAACACACGCAGAUGGUGGGGGUCUGGGGUCUCGGGACGAAGGGCAGGACAGGAAUCCGUGCGGGCUGCAGGGAGACGCCACCCACGGAGCCCCGGGGGGACGACUCCACGUGACCCUUGCUCUCUCGGUUUGGGGCCCUGGAUCCCGCCACGGUUGUGAAUUCUUCCAGACCUGCGCAGGCGAACUUGGGGGCUGCAGUCAGAUCCCGCCCCCGAGAGCCUGGAGAGGCUGGGUGUCCUUUAUCCCGUGCUCGGGCGGCCUAGUGCACUGUAGCUGGGGGGCCCGCCGCCCCAGCACCCAGGUGGCCACAGGCUCGGGCUCGUCCCCGCUGCUGGGCCCGUCACUGCUCUUGCAGGCCUCUCCCCGCCCAGAGGCUGUGGCUGAGGCUGUCCUCUGCCACCCUGUGACCACCCGUAAGCUCCGGCUCCUCCCCUCCCGUGGGCUUCCCUUCUCCGCCGGGGACGUGUCUGCUCCCCAGCCUCUUCUCGGCCCCUUUCAGAACGUGCAGGCUCCUUUUGCUCAACAAGGUGGUGACAGACACACCACCAGCGUGGGGUGGGCCGCGCAUCCCUGGGCUCGGUGGAAGGCAGAGCAGGCGAGUGGACAGAGCCCGCUGGGCUGGGAGGUUGUCCUUAUCAGAGGCACAGCGAGGGACGCAGCGUCUUGACCGGGCAAGGGAUCCCGUCCUUGCCGGCAUGGAACGCUGCCAUCGUCAUCUCUCUCUGUCUCUGGCCUUUGCGUCCUGAGCCGCGGACCUACCUGUCCGUGUCGGCCCGGGACACAGUUCACUGCCCAGGACGGCGCUGUAGCCAGGCCCUUCCGCGCGUCCCUUCAAACACGCCUGCCGGCCGGUCUUGCACAUUGUCUCUUCCCCGUGACGUCAGAAGCAGUGACGUCACCCGUCCCACAGGCAUCUUCCUGGGACUGCGCCGGGAGCCUGGGCACAGUCGGCAACAUUGCCACUGACGUGACACGGAGUUGCUCGGGAAUGGGUCUGUCGACUUAUUUAGAACUUUGGGGGAAGUUUUCUGGUUUUCUUCUCUGUCGGGUCUUCUCCUCCUGGGCUCAUUCCUGGGCAUUAUUGCCAGCGCAGAUGGCGUGCUUUCUCCCAUAAAUGUUACAUAUUGUUUUAAUAAAUUGUAUUACUUUUCUAUACUGACCUUAAAACGGGCCACUUGUAAAUCUUGCUAUUUGCCAUUGACUUGCCAGUUGGGUUUUCCUAGUCAAGCAGCCCCAGGAGUGUGCGGUUAAGUGUAGCUUAUCUCUGCCUUCCGUGUUCGUGAUCACGUGUAUUUCCUUGCGUUACUGCGCUUGUGCGGAGUCAGAUGUGAAAUCGGGCGUCUUCCUGUUGCUUUCCUUGUUAAGGUUGCGUCUAUGUGUUUAGCUCAGUGAUAGGAAGCGGAGAGCGUGCACGAGCGAGGGAGGAGAGGGAGAAGGACCGGCAGGCUCCCCUCCAGGAGCGGAGCCGCACGCGGGGCUCGAUCCCGUGACCCUGAGGUCACAACCUGAGCAGAAAUCAGCAGUCGAGGCUCCACCGGCGCGGCCCCCAGGCGCCCGUCUCUUGUUCCCGACGGGACGGAUUUUGUGACGUUGAGUCCUGUUACGUUCCCGGGAUGGACGGCACUUGCUCCUGCUGGCUUCCGUGCUGUUCGUUGCUGCUUUUA